AUGGCUAUCUUUAGAUCAAAAUCAUCCAACAAAACCCCACAAGAGGGACACAUAGAUGUGAAAAUCACCCAGCAGGACCAGGAAAACUAUAAGGUACACACAGCCAACGUUCAUGAUCCCAUUUUAACUGCUGUCAAUGAAGCCCAACCUUUUGAACAAGCCGCUCAAAGAGAUACUAGAAGACCAUCUUAUUUGUCCCAUGACUCAGCUGAUUUGAAGGAUAUCUUUGGACAGCCAAUUAGACAAACUGACAUGUCCAACCCUACGAGAAACAGAAAUGAGAGACCUUUGGAUACCAUACGUGGGUUUGAGUAUGCAAUCACUGGUGAUGUCAAUUACAGAGACCAAUUAGAGAGUGGCCGUUUGGGUUGGGGGUUUCAUGAAGAUUUCCCAUUCUAUAAUUUGAAUGGACAAGGAGGCGCACAAGACGAUGGUACGCAACAACAUAUGGGAGGAGGCGGAAGACCGGUGAUUAACUUUGAUGAACAACCCCUUUAUCAAGCUCAGAAUUAUAGUGCUAGUUCUUUGCAAAAUGAUGGUGGUAAGAAGAAAAAGAAGAGAGGCUUGUUUGGAAGAAAGAAGUAG